CGAUAAAAAUCUAAAGAAGAAGAAGAAGAAGAAGAAGAAGAAAAGUCUCGCUUGUUUAGAGAUCAUAAAGGAAAGAUUAUUCCUGAUCACAUGAAGCAUCAUCGUCGUUUAUUGAAUUCUUCGGGACAGUUAAUGAAUUAUGGUGCAGUCCUGCUCAGCGUACGGGUGCAAAAACCGAUAUCACAAAGAUAAAAACAUCUCCUUUCAUAAAUUCCCACUUGCCAGACCAGAUGUGUGUGAAAAAUGGGUGACUGCCAUAAAGAGAAGAAACUUUAAACCCACGAAGUACAGCAGCAUCUGCUCGCAACACUUCACCAAAAACUCUUUCAGACAAGACUGCAACAACCGCGUGCUGAAGGAUGAUGCUGUGCCGUCUCUCUUCAAACUUCACAUACAGGCAAGAUCUCUGCGGGAAGACUUGAUCCUGGGUCUCCAUCCCAACACGUUCAUCUCCUCCGACCACAACUACACUGUGGAGGACACGGUCCAGCAGAAGAGACGCAUCACGCAGCUGGAGUCACAGCUGGAGAAACUGCGGAAGAACCUGAAGAGGGUGCAGCAGAAAUGUCGUCGUCAGGAGAGACAACUCAGACGUCUCAAAGCCAUGGGUGACUUUCAAAAGACUGGAAAACAUCUGUCAUUAGGAGAAAACUAUGUUAUCUUGUCCAAAGAGAUGUAUGAUGCCCUGAAGGGAUUAGAACCAAUUGAAGCGCUGUAAGAGAACUCGACAAUGAUCUCAUAUCGACCCUCCUGAGGAUUUAGCGUGUGGAUAUAUAAAGGGUUUUAUAAGUGGGCUGUACGAUCGGUUGCAUAAAACUCAACUUUGCUGCUGAGAUUGUUUUUGUGCAUUGAUCACAGAUCAUUGUGGUAAAAUCUUUGCGUAGAUAUUUAAAGUGAACUAAAAACUAUAUACGGCAAGAUUCAGGAAAGAUUCAAGUCUUAUUGUUUAUGAACUCUGGGAGGGAGUCUCACUUACUGAAGCCCUUACCAUUUAAAAUAUUUAAAACUCUUCAAAACCAAAUGAGAAUGACGUGACCAAACGCUGAUCACCUGAUACUGACUCCAUCCUGCUAUAAUGGGGUACACUUUAAUUGAUAGAUGAUGACAUCAGGUUCUCAUUAUUAGCAGAUUAGUUGGCAAAUUUUAGAUCAGGGUUUAUUUCCCAGUUUAAAUGUGUGUUGUGUGUUGUAUGUGGUUUACAAGGAAACAUGAAUAAUGAUGUAGUGUAUAACAACAUAACACUUCCAGUGUCCUCAUAAACCAGAUGGGUUAAAACAUACUAAAUGGUAAUUUUAGAAUUUACAGUUUGUAAAUGAUAAGUCUUUAUGUCUAUGGGGAGUUCCUAUAAAGCCUGUGUGUGUGUGUGUGUGGGCGCGUGUGAAAUAUAAUGUGCAAUGUAAAAGUUAUUUUAAAAAAAAGUCUAUUUUUGACUGAUCCUCUACUGGACCAAACUGAUGUUUACUGAAAAGCUUUCAUUAUAUAUUUAGAAGAUAUCAAUGGGUUUUGUGGAUCUAUUUUGUGCUAAUUUAUUGUUCAGACAAUAAAAGUUUCGACACAAUGAAAGUUAUAUAUAUUUAUGUUUUAUAUUACUGUUUUAAUUCAGAUUUAUCGAUAUUAUCUUGUGCACAUGCUCUUUGAAUAGUUGUUGUAUUCAAUCUUUUUGAAUCUCAUUCUUUAUUUCCACUAAAAAGCUUUUUUUAGAGAAGGCGAUAGUAUGCUAGUAAGGGUUACAGAAAACAGGAUUCUUGUUGA